GAAAGUUCGGAAAACGGUUUCGAAGGGCUGGUGCGGUUAAAAGGGUAGUCUCUUGAAAAUUUACACCGCAAAACGAUGAAAGCGUCGUUAACCACCGGGCCGGAGAUAAAGCCGUAAGAGAAGCAUUAGACGUCGACGGGAUAAGUAAAUUUCGUUGCCGCAAAAAAAUAUCGUUUCGUACGCUGAGAACUUUUUCCAUGACGUUCAUGGAAGAUCGAAGAAUGAAAGGAAAUUUAAAGAUGAAACCGGAUAAAAGACGUGCGAGGAUAAAAUGUACGUAAGUACAUAUGUACGAGAGCAAAUGUCUGCUGAAGGGGAAGGGACAGCAUUUUUCUUUUUUUUUAUCCGAGUCGAUCUCGUCGAAGAGCUUUCAAAGGAGGCGAACGCCCACGGUGCCACUCCGAAGAACGAAGAGAUUAAUGCCGUCCCUGUCAGGGCUGCACCAGUGCACUCCGACUUGCCACUUACAAGGAUACUUAAUCGAUGCAUUUAUCUGGACGCACUAUCCUCCUCUGCAGGAAAGGAUUCAUUAUCGACGCAAGCCUCGCGGUCGCUUUCCACGAAGCCGGAAAAAACUUUUGUUCACCGGGGUUCUCCGCUCGGAAAAUUGAAACAGUUAACUCUCUCGCGAAGGGGAGUUCGAAACGAACUCCGUAAACUUUUACGUAUUUUUAAUAAGUGCCGAGCAUUGUAUAGAAAUACGUUCCGAACGAACGCUUUUAGAGUUCCAGUAAGAGCGACGGGGCAAGUUUUACUGGGCGAGGUAGCCGUUCAAGACGAGACCGGGAAUGAAAUAACGACGGACGAACCGGUGCCUAAGAAGUGCGUCGCGGACGACGUCACGUACGCUCACGGCCAGACGAUACCGUCGUACGACUCGAAUUCUCAUUGUCUCUGCGUCGACGGCGAGGUAUAUUGUUGGUGGCAGAAUUACAAUCCGAGCAGCACCGAUCCCUCGACCGGCCCCUCUUACCUACCAUCGACGACGAUAGAAAGUAAUUACACGCCGUCGCUCGAGGGUAGCACGGAUGCCGUCGACAGUUUGGAAGCUUCCGGUGAUCCGGCGGAGGAGCAGCCCUCCCCGGUCGAGCAGCAACAGGGAUACGUGGAGAUUAACGCGACCUACUCGACUACGUCGCAGCCACCGCCGACUACGUGCCUCGUAAUGGGGAGGGAAUACCGCGAGGGCGAGUUGCUACCGCACUCGACCGGAAACUGCAUCGAGUGCAGCUGCGGGUCGGAGGGCCGGGUCGAGUGUUCGCCCCGAGACUGCGUAGCCCUGCGACCCGAGAUACCAGUGGCCCCGGAUAUACCGGACGCGCCGAACGAUUUCGAGGUGUUCAACCUGGCCAGGGACCGCGACAUCGACGAGAGCUUCUAAGGAAUCCGGUAAUCGUCGACGAAUUCCGGAGAAGCGUGUAACGCGACCUCCCAGAAUCGUGAUCUCCUCUCAGGUUUACAUUUAUUUUUAUCUCCUUUUUACUUUCAAACUCUUCUUCAUGAAAAUUGAUCGAAUGAGUUUCACUUGUCGUCGUUUUCUUUGACUUUCGUUGGAUGAAUUCGUUGAUCUGAAGCGACGGUGUCGUAAUCAAUCGGUGAUUUCUAAAUAGUCUUUAGUAAGAUAUCAAUAUCGAUACGUUGGUACAAAUAUUAUUUAAAACGACGUUACAGAGUCAACCGACUCGUUCAGAUAUUUUAAGAAACAUAUCAGUAUUUUAAUUGUACAUAUAGUUAGAGAGAAUAUGAUUUUAACAUCGAUCAAGGGAA